ACCCGUUAUCACCAUGGUAGGCAUAGCACGUACCAUCGACAGUUGAUAGGGCAGACAUUUGAAAGAUACGUCGUCGCCGCUAGGGCAUACGAUCGGCACAAUGUUGAAUUACUAUCAAGCUUUUUCUCAUUUUUCCUAUAUUUCGUUCCUAUAAUUCCAUUUCAUAUCCAUAUCAUAUACAAAGUAUUAGGACAUUAAGGUGAAGUGCAGUGUACAAAAAGUAAUUUGAAUUAUCUCCUUUAUCUAAUUUUACAACACUUUUUGCUCUUUUGCUCGAAGCAAAUUUAUGCAGAUAAUUCCGUUAUAACAGGACAUUAUGAGUAACUGUAAUGUGUAUAAACCAUAAUACAGUAGUUAUUGGUAACAUUUUUUCCUGUAACUAACAUACUAGUAUUAUUUUAUAUUAUAUACGAUUCACUACGUCUUUUUGCCACCUUUCACACGAAACAUUUUCUUAGGUGGCCAUGUCCAAAAUGGCUCUUGUUUUAAUAUUGAUCUACGAUUACACUGAAUGCUGAUCUACUGGUUGAACAAUUUAGCUUUUAUUUUUGUUACAGAUAUUUGGUAACUCAAAUUAUUGCAUGAAGUAGAUAUGUUAUAAUUCGCAUCCCGUUUUUCUUGAUGAACGGACCUAUUCAAAGUCUGAGACAUUCAUUUAUCUGUUUACUAAAUGUCCUAGUGUUGAUGUUUCGGCCUUCUUGUACAAUUUAUUUUUAAUUCAAAUCACAUCCCGCUACAGCACGAACAAAUCUUUUUUAGAAGUUUGUUAGUAAUAGCGUUACUCAACCUACAUACUAUUCUAACAUCGUGACGUUUACUUUGUUACGUCAACAGUAAAACAACGUCAUUGACGUUAACGUUUUCAUAGCGUCGCUAGCAACGAUUCAGUCUAACAGAAUACAAACACACACAGACAAUGUUUCGGAAUUUUUACGCAGAGCAAAAUAUGACAGAUCCAAGAGAUAGUUGGUAUAAACCAAACCUGUUGUUCACUAUCCAUUACAGGCCACCAAAGCCACCGACACCACCAAAGAUGAUGGUAGUUACCAGAAAGUUCAACCCAAGCGUGUGUACUUUCGGUGUACAUGGUUGUGAACCACACUAUAGAAUGGAAAGGGAAGUUGUUUGGUCGAAUAAAGAAGCCAAAAACAAAGAAGGUAGAAAAUUAAGAGAAGUCUUUCAAGACGAAAGGACUGUCACGACAAAAUUAGAAUGUGAUGACAAUAGUCAAGACGACGGAAACAGCGAUGAUGAUAAUAAUCGUGAUAAUGAAUAUGGUGACGGGUGGGAAAAUGACGCAUCUUUUGACGAGAAUGUAGAUGAUAUUAAAAGUAUGGUUAUUAGAAUGAUUGAUGAAGUUACAAAGCAGUCCAAUCGAGUUGAAGCAUCUACUGACACACGAAGAGAUCAUUUGCUUCCUAAAGGUGGUGAUACUGGACAAGAAGAGUCACAAUUGGAGAAACCGGGAAAUAGUCUGAAUUCAGAAAUGAUAAAGGUGGGACAAGUAAAGAAACAAAGUGACCAAAGUGACAUUGGUAACAUCAGAGAGCUCGAGAAAGUCCAAAAGGUAAUGAGUCACAAAGAAGCAGAGUAUGACGAGGAGAUGAAACGGGAUAUAAUCAGUCUGUAUGAUACGGCGAGAUAUGAAUUUAAAACCAGUUCAUCAGAGAAAAGUAAUUAUGACGACAAGUCAGAUGUCGGUGGUAGAUCAAAUGGAGAAGAAAUGAUUGAAAAGAACACCGAAAAUAAGAAAAUGGAACAGAACAGCAAUUAUGCCAUUAUUGAAGAGAUCGGUGUUGACAAUUUGCCCAGAUUCGACGAUCUUGCAAAGCCAGGCCAACCCGACAUUGAUAUGCCAGAUUUACAACAGUCCCCUGUUAACCUUGAUGGGGGCAAUGAAGAGUAUGGUUCAGCUUUUGGCAUCAUGAGGGUGUACUGUGAAAGUGAGCUGCAUACUGCAUGGAACGGAAAGACUGAGUUCCACGGUCACUGAAUGAAGAGUGCCAUUUUAAUUUGUUGAUUAUUAAUAAUUGCAUCAUAAUUUUUUAAUAUACAUUAAUACAUUUAAA